AUGCCGUCUCCCAUCGCUUUGGAUCCACCGUCGCCUCCUCCAUCCAUCUUCAAGAAGAAAGGAUCACUCAGCAAGUUGUCAUCAAUAGAGACGGCAGUGUCCUACCUUUCUGUUGUUCAACAAGCAGAUGCCCGCGCUCGCAGUCACAACAACUCCUCUGCGGCAACUCCUGCACUUUCCCUCUCCUCUUCCGCUACAGCUUCGUCCGAAGACAUCAUCCUCAACGAGGAUGAUGAGAACAACUGUCUUGUGCAUCCCCUUACGCCACCCACCUCCGAUGAGGUCUUCCAUACCGUUCACUCGGAGUUUGGUCACUGUGCCAAUGAGGCCUAUCGUUGCGUCUCUAAGCAUGACUACAUGAAAACUUUCCAGGAGCACACCUCGGAGGAGCCUCCGUACUAUAUUCUCUUCACCACCUACAUAAGCUACCUCAUGGUCAUCUGUUUUGGCCAUACACGUGACUUCUUCGGAAAGCGUUUUAACAAAUCUUAUUUCACUCACCUCAUGCCCCAUAAUGGUUACGCCCCAUUGAACUCGGAUUUUAAUUCAUUCUACACCCGCCGGCUCCAGCGUCGUGUGGAUGAUUGCAUUUCCCAGCCUGUCGCAGGUGUCCCCGGCCGCACCAUUCUUAUCCUCGACCGUUAUUCCACUGAUUAUAACAUUACUCAAAUCUACACUGGUAGCAAGACACGAGCCAUGAACAUUUCUUCGUACAACUACCUCGGCUUUUCCCAGACCAGAGGAGGCUGCUCAGGUGCAGUCGGGGAAAGCAUCCGUCGUUAUGGUGUCUCCACCUGCGGCACGCGUCUUGAAAACGGGAGCAAUGAGCUCCAUGUGUCUGCUGAGGCCCUCGUUGCACGUUUUCUGGGGACAGAAGACGCGUUGGUCAGUUCUAUGGGUUUUGCCACUAACUCUACUUUCAUCCCUGCACUAGUGGGAAAGAGGUCCUUGAUCAUUUCCGACGAACUGAAUCACACUAGCAUUCGUAUCGGUGCGCGCCAGAGUGGUGCGGAUGUCCGGAUGUUCAAGCACAAUGAUAUGUCAAGCCUCGAGUCCAUUCUGCGUGAAGUGAUAAGCCAGGGCCAGCCCAGGACGCAUCGUCCUUGGAAGAAGAUUUUGGUCAUCGUUGAGGGUCUGUACUCCAUGGAAGGCACGCUCGUGAACCUGCCUAAGAUCGUCGAACUGAAGCAGAAGUACAAUGUUCGUAGUGCAGUCACCAUUUUGGGUCACGGUGUUCAUAUUUUAUUCAAGUUCUACCUCUUUGUUGAUGAGGCACAUUCAGUCGGUGCAAUCGGUCCCCAUGGACGCGGUGUGACGGACUACUUUAACAUCCAUCCUGGCUCAAUUGAUGUCUUGAUGGGCACGUUCACCAAGUCAUUUGGUGCUGCUGGUGGAUAUAUCGCAGGGCCAAAAAGCCUUAUUGACGCUCUCCGGCUGCGAGGACACUCGGGUCGUUAUGCGGAAGCAAUGACGCCCCCCGUGCUCGCACAGAUUGUCGCGUCGAUCGCGAGCAUCAUGGGCGUUGCUCCGCCACCACCGAUGUCCAAAUCCCCGAAUCCCCUUCACCUUACUAGCUCAACCAUCAUGCUGAAGGACGGUCCAGAUGAGCUCCAAGAAAUGGCACCUGCCACCAUGCUUCCGACGUGGAUAAACCUGCAUGCGUCUCUUGCAGACGGAUCUGAAGCUCGCACACGUAUCCGCCGUCUUGCCUUCAACAGUCGUUAUCUGCACGCAGGCCUCAAGAAACUCGGCUUCAUCAUUUCUGGACAUCCCUUCAGCCCGAUUGUUCCCCUGCUUAUCUUCAACCCGGGCAAAUGUUUGAUGUUCGCACGUAUGAUGCGUUCGCGGAGGAUACCGAUUGUUGUCGUUGUCGUGGGGUACCCCGCCACUCCGUUGGAGAAGGGUCGUGCGCGGUUUUGUGCUAGUGCAUCGCACACAAAGGAUGAUAUAGAUAUGGUGCUACGGGCGUGCGAUGAGGUGGGUGGGAUUUUGGACCUGAAACAUGGUUUGGGCGAGCGGUGGGGAAUUGAUGAAAUUUGCGAGCGCGCGGUAGAGCUAGUUCACUCGAUGUGA